AAUGUUUACGGAAACGGAAACCGGAAACAGAAAGAACCUAUUACAAUUCUGCUAUUUGCCCCGGGCUUCCUUUCAUCGUUUUCUUGAUAAGAAAAAAUUGUCCGAAGGGGACGGAGUAUUUCUCCUGUAUAAAACGUCAAAUGGACAAAUCAAAGAUAAAUUUAUUCGAGAACUUGAAGCAGAUUCUUCACUAAAAACAAAAAAUUUAGGGAAUAUAGAACAUAAUUCCAUUCUAAAUAGAAUUCCUGGUGAUUACAUAACAAGUAAUACUGGAAGAGAAUUUCUCUUGCAGAAACCAUCGUUAGGUCGUUAUGUAAAGCAUUUAUCAAGAGCAUCGUGGAUUCCUAAUAGUUUGCUAGUGUCGAAAAUACUUUGUCGAGGUGCAAUAAAACCUGGUAUGAAUAUAUUAGAAGUUGGAUCAGGUUCGGGAUGUACAACUUUACUACUUUCAGAAUUAGUGGGUCAUAGCGGUUUCAUUCAUUCAAUCGAUAAAAGUAAAAAUAGUACAACUAUUGCAAAGAAUAACUUCGAUAAAUGGAGAAAGUUGUAUAAACAGAAUUACCCAACCGACGAUUUUAAAUGGCCGAAUAACGUGAAGUUUGAUAGCGUGCAAUCAGCUGAAGAUUUGCCUUCGAAUUUAAAAUAUGAUCUGGCUUACAUCGAUAUACCAAAACCAUCUGAUAUUUUACUACCGAUUAGUCGUCAUAUUAAGCCAGGAAGUUGUGUGCUUGUCUACAAUGCAAAUGCGCAAUCAGAACGAAUUUUUAAAAAGGAAACCACCUUACGUCUAUCAUCCUUAGAAAGGUUUAAAGAUCGUAGAGAAGUACCACUUAAAACGGAUAUUGCUGGAAGUCUUAGAACAGGCUUUCAGGACAAUCAGCUCAUUGAAAAAUUACUACCAGGUGACGUCAUAAAAACAAGAAAAGGUGAACAAUUUUAUGCUAUUGAAGAGAAUGUAAGGCAUAAAAUUGGUGAAGAAUUAUACGACGAAAUCUGUCUUUCUCUUCGAUUGAUUGAAUCAUCACCUGAUAAAAGUAUUAGAUUUUAUGGUUAUGGGGAUGAUAAUUUGUACACGAUGAUAAAAGAUAUCGCUGGUAAUCGAAUAGGAGCUACGCGAGAGCCAAAUGAUUCAUUUGAUUGCGUGUGUAUAACAGCAACAUAA